AGAUAGGUGGAGAGUCAGUGUCGUCUGUGUAUAUAUAACGAAGGUCUCAAGGUGGAGAGUCAUUUGAAUAUUUUUUUCAACAAUUUUCACUAAUAUGUGGAUAAUCGUGAUAGCCAUUUCAAGAUUACGGUUUUGUAUUAAGGAACAAUGAGUCGCUCAAGUAGAACACUCUAUGUUGGCAAUCUUCCCGGUGACAUUCGUGAGCGGGAAGUAGAAGAUCUCUUUUACAAAUAUGGACCGAUAGCCCAUAUUGAUUUGAAAAUCCCACCAAGACCCCCUGGUUAUGCUUUUGUUGAGUUUGAAGAGGCUCGUGAUGCUGAAGAUGCUAUUAGAGGUCGCGAUGGUUAUGAUUUUGAUGGGCACCGGCUACGGGUGGAGCUUGCACAUGGAGGUCGUGGAAAUUCAUCAUCAAUCGAUCGUUACAGUUGUUACAGCAGUGGGUGUGGUCCCCAUGGUGGAGUGUCCAGACGCUCUGAAUAUUGCGUGUUAGUCUCCAGAUUGCCUAGCUCUACUUCUUGGCAAGACGUUAAGGAUCACAUGCGUCGAGCGGGGGAUGUGUGCUUCUCCCAAGUUUUUCGCGAUGGAAGUGGUACAACAGGGAUUGUGGAUUACACAAACUAUGAUGACAUGAAAUAUGCAAUUAGGAAACUUGAUGACUCUGAGUUUCGGAAUGCUUUUACUCGAGCAAUAGUUCGUGUAAGGGAGUAUAAAUCAAGCCGAAGCCGAAGCCGUAGCCGAAGCCAAAGCCGAAGUUGGAGCCGGAGCUAUUCCAGAAGCCGCAGUCGUAGUCGCUCUUACUCGAGAGGCAGGAGCUACAGUCGCAGCCGGAGUUUGAGUCAGAGCAGGAGCAGGAGCAGCAAGUCUCCGAAAGCCAAAUCUGUGCGUCGAUCACCUGCUAAAUCUCAUUCAAGAUCUGCUUCUCGUUCUCGUUCUGGAUCAAAGCCACGUUCUCUGUCAAGAUAUGGAUGUAUGCGGCUAUCUGGGGAUUGGAUAGUAGGAUCUUGGUGGGAUGUGGUUCAAAUGCCUGCAACUCUUGUGGUUGCGAAGAUUGGGAACAAUGAAGUUCAUGGGUUGUGAUGUUAAAGCUGGACUAUGAACUAAGUGCUAUUGGAAUUUGGGAACCACCAUCCUUCUGCGGUGGAACAAUUAUACUGUCAUUGCUUUUUCAACAUUGCCAAGCUAAUAGAACACAGUAUCUGGAUUCUUUGUUGGUCUUUUGGGCAUCCUGUCACUGGUGUCUUAAACAAGCAUUGUAAUGCUUUCAUCAAGAGGCAUCAAGGCUCUUGGAGCACAGUAGUUACAAGGGACUUGUGGAUAUUAAAUUUGGGUUGUUUCUGGAACUUUUGCAGAUCUCCAUCAAGAUCCAGAUCUCCCGUACCAUCUGUAAGUGAAACCUCACAUUCUUUUUUAGCAAUGUUUUGAAACCUAGAUACUGGUUCUGUUGAUUGCCCAUAUUCUUCUUGCCUAUGAACUUGAAGUUUUGGGGCAAUUUAAUCUGGUUGAACCCUCAUUAGCUAAUUAAUAAGUUUGAAUAUCUUAAAGAGGGUUUACCUGUUGAACAUCCUGAUGUCUUCCGUGGGUAAAUAGACUAUCUAUAGUUACAAUAAUCUUGAUUUAUAUGAACCUGCCAUUGUUUUCUUUGUAUUGCCUUUUAUUUUGAAUUUGAUUAUCUUCAGUGGCAGAAACGCAUGAGUGAAAGCCCGAAAAAGCACAGUUCUAGUCGGAGCCGGAGUAAGAGUGUGUCCAGGUCCCAUUAUUUUGCACCAUAUUUCUAAUUUUUACUUUUAGGCAUUUGAUUCCUUGGUGGCCAAAUUUGUGUUAUCAUUCAUUUUUUCUGUUUUGUUAUUAUCAAAUACGUCAGCCAUGGUUCUGAUUGCAAUUAUGUUUAGGAGGGGAAAUUUCUUUGCCUGAUAUUUACGUUUGUGGGUUAACAGUGGGUUCAUCUGCCACAAUUAAAAAAAUAGACUGGAGUUUGGAUGGAUUUGGAAUAGUGAUUGUGUGUUAUCAUUUUCAGCUAAUUUCUAAAAUGUUUGUUGAACUAGAACCCAUCAUCUACCAAA